AUGGAUCUCGCUCCGCCCAGCAAGUACGUGACGCUCGUUUCCGGAGACGGAUUCGAGUUUGUCGUGCUGCGUGAGGCUGCCAUGGUGAGCCCCAUCAUCAAGGGCAUGCUGGACCCGAGGAGUCAAUUCGUCGAGGCCAAGGACGCCAGAUGCGUGUUCCAAGAGAUGAGCGGAAUGGUGCUCGACAAAGUGGUCGAGUACUUCCACUACUGGUAUCGUUACAGAAACAGCGAGGACGUGCCCGACAUGGACAUUCCUGUAGAGCUCUGCCUUGAGCUGUUGGCCGCGGCCGAUUACCUGGGCUUGGAUCAGGCCAACAUGAGCACGAAAUGA